AUGCUCCGGGAAGCCGAGCAUUAUGACUACCAGCCAGCAAGCCACAACACGGAAGAACUGCUAGAAAGAAGUACAAUACGACGGUACUGGCGGCGCUACUUGCUCUGGGACCUUUCAGUGUUAUGGUGGCUGCGGCGGUCACCAACGGGCCGCUUCUUCUCGUUACCGAUGCGGCACGUUAUUGCUUACGAGCCGUGGCGAGAUAUCUCUCUAGUAACGUGGCUGGCCUGGGUCGUUACGAUCUUCUUUUCGGGUUAUAAGGAUGCUGUCAAUUGCAUAUUGAAUUGUGGCGGUGUACUGUUUGUACGAGCAUUAAUCCAAGCGCGAAGACCGAUAGAGUUCGAUGUUAGGCUCAGACAGCUCGCGGACCGAAGCAGGGGCAACUACGGCAUGCCCUGCAUCAACACGCACAUGGCCGUCGUGGUCUUCGGGUUACUCGCUCGUAGUGCGACGUGGAAACCGCAAUAUUUUGAGUUCAAGUGGUGGUGGUGGGAGCCGCUGGUCUGGACCACUGCCUUUAUCUUGGUUGCGCUCAUCGCCUUCUCACGAUUAGUAGCGGGCUCGCGUUUUGUGUAUCAAGUCGUGCUCUCGGUCUUCACAGGAAUCAAGGGCGUGGCCAUAGCAGCACAUUAUGUGGUAGAUCGCAUCCCGGACUGGCGCGAGGAGUGGUGGAGGCUGGGGAAGAACGGACCUCAUACUAUACUGCUGCUGGCGCUCACGUUUUUUGGCUUGGCCUACGUCGCGGCGGCCGCCGAGGACAACUCGUCCUGGUUCUUCAGCAUCCCGAACGAGGAGUUCACCCGGGUUUUAGGUGAUAUUUAUUCACAGAGAGGCGGCGCGGCGCCGAGACGUCGAGGGCCGAACGGGGCGUCUUACGCGCCCCCGGACUCGCUUUCGUUAUUGACGGCGCGCAUGCGCGAGCGGUCGGCGCGGCCGGUGGUGGCGGCGAGCGAUAGUUGGGGUUGAUAUAUUCUUCUGUUACGUACGGUGCUGGGACUAGCCGAUUCGUUGGCGGGCGCGGGCCGCGUCUUUGAUGACACUCGUCGCCGGCCGCGUCAGGACCCGCCGAACAGUGAGCAACGUUCAGGUCGCGUUAGCUACUCGCAUCAGCUAGCUCCCGGCGCACUUGGAAAUCGCGGGCUAGCGGCCGUAAGACACUAGCAGGCAGCCACGGGAAAGCCGCGCGAGUCUACGGCCCAUACGCGUGGCUGAGACUAGGCAACGCUGUCUGCGAGCCGUUUCCGAUUGCUUGUUGCUGUGGUAGCACUCUUGGCCGGGCGCAGGCCCAGAUAAAUUAAGACCGGAGAGCCUCUCCAAAAAAUCCCGGGGCCGUCGGCAGCGCUGGUCUACGGUUACGCCGUCGUAUAGUUGUCGGCACGCAUCGCCGCGGAGAGCCAUAGAAAAAAAUGCGCUGGUUCGGCGGCGGCGGCUCCGCGUUAACGGACCACGCCGUGAAAGAAGCCGUCUUCGAGAAGAGCGGUAGUGACGGCGCCCUCGCGACGCAGAGCUGGGGCCAGUUCGCGGCGUUGCACAAGAAGGACGAAAGUGGGGCUACCGUGUUUCAAUUGUCAAGGAACAAGGGUGAUGAACAAUCCGCCAAGGUGCAAUCGGCGCGCAGAUGCGUUAAAUUGACCAAGAUCCUGAGGCACCCCUGCGUGUUACCUUAUAGGGAAGGCGUCGAGAAGGACGGCGGCGAGAUCUCCUUCGCCACUGAUGAAGUCCUACCUCUACCGGCGUGGCUCGAACGCUACGGCAAAGAUGCGGACCCUCGCACGUUAGCCUGGGGUGCUAGAUGCGUCUUACAAGCUCUAUCAUUCCUACAUAGCACGAAACGGUGCCACGGCUCUUUGACACCGGAUAGUAUAUAUGUCACAGCUGCCGGCGACUGGAAACUUUGGGGUUUCGAACUGUCGACAUCUUUGGACCCCUUGGAGCCGAACAAUGAGGGGCUUGGGUUCUUCCGGGCCCAUGAGGCGUUGGUGGACGAUCGCUACCGAGCCCCGGAACGGAAACGCAACGACUGGGAGGGCAUGGCGCAGCAUAAGGUCGGGAGUAGCGACGUCUGGGCCCUGUCCGCUUUGUUGGAGACUGCUUACAGUAAUAGAGGAGGAGCACCGAGAGAGUUAAGUGUUUGGCUGAAGCGCGCGUCGAACAACGAGCCUUCCAAGCGGCCGUCAUGCGAUCAAAUAUUGCGAGGCUGUCCCCUCUUUCGCGGGGGCACGCUGAAAGAACUCACAGGCUUGCAAGACUUGUCAGCGACGUCGUUAGAGGAUCAGAUCGCCUUCUACAAGAACUUGCAUGAAUCUACAAGUAGGACGACGCCGGACGGCCAGCCCUGCCGAGGAGCGCUAGACGAAGCACUAUUCAGAGGCGCUUGCGUCCACAAAUUGCUACCUAAAUUGCUAGCUACGCUCGAGAUUGCGCUCAAGGAGGGCGGCGACGUGCAGACGAGACGAGCCGCGGUCGCGUGUGCCCUACCUUUGUUGGUCCAGAUCGUGGAGAUGCUCGAUAAAGAUGAAAACGAUUCGCUGGGGAAGUACGCCCAAGCGGCCGAAAAGCGCGUCGUGAAGGGCAUCGUGGAGGCACUGGAAACCGUUUUGAUCAUAAAAGACCCGUUCAUUCGGUUCGAGGCCCUGAAGCGCGUCGAUGCUCUCGCGCCGUUACUCACGGAGAACUACGUGAAUAGGAAGCUGUUUGAUGCCUUAUUGUUGGGCUUUGGGGACAAAAAUGAUGAUGCCCGUUUGUUAACACUGAUGGGCAUGCUAGCUAUAGCGCCUCGAUUAUCUGAGAAGAAUAGAUCAGACAGAUUGUUGAGAGUGGUCAAGAGGUUAGAGUCGGAUCGCUCGCCGAAAAUACGGACGAAUGUGGUCAUUUUCUACGGGAGGCUAGCGCCGGACUUACCUGAUAACUUACGAACCAAGCACGCCUUACCGGCCUUCGUCAAAGCGUUGGAGGAUAAAGUACCUUUUGUAAGGAUGGCCGCCGUGCGGGCACUGGGUGCGUGUCGCGACGAAUUCGCCCCGGUCUAUGCUGCUCGACUCGUAGCGCCGAAACUCGUGCCGCUCGCCCUAGAUCCGGCCAAACCGGUGCGCGACGCGGCCGUGCCGUGUUUGGAAGCGUAUCUGGCCGUCGUUCGGAAAGCUGCGGAAGAGAUGACGCGCCAGGAAGAGGCAAGGGCGAAACAGGAGGCGGUGAAGCGGCAGGCCGAAACACCUCAAAAGGCGCCGCAGCAACAGGCGCCGCCUCCACCGAAGCAGGAGGCGCCGCCACCACCUCCGGAGCCGACGUCGCCGUCGGCGGGCUGGGGCCUCGCGUCGUGGGCCGGGGCCGCGGCGUCCAAUGCUCUGGGCAAGGUCGCGUCGGCGGCGUCCGAGGCGGCGGCCGGCCUGGCGUCGGCCGAAGAUGUCACGGAGGAGGCGCCACCACCACCACCACGCAAGAGCUCCAUCGACGACGACGGCGGCGACGGCUGGGGCGACGACGACGCGUGGGGCGACGUCCCUACGAAAAAAGUGGAGCCCAAGAAGGCGUCUCCGAAAAAGCCCGCGGCGCGCAAAGUGUCACCGAAGAAAGCCACACAGCCGAAGGACGACUUCUUCGACUCCUGGGGUGAUGAUCAACCGGCGAAGCCUUCUCGCGUCGCCGCCGCCGCCGCCGCUGAUGACGACGAGGACGACGACCCCUGGGGCACGAAGGAGCCCGUUCCUGUGGCGAAGAAGCCCUCGGUGGAGGACCGGCGGGCCCAGCGCCGCGCCGAGCUCGAGGCGAAGCGGAAAGCUCGAGCCGCGGCGCGCGCCUCCUCGAAGCCGUCAAUAACAAAGGCGGCCCCGCCGGCUCCUCCUGCCGACGACGGCUGGGGCGACGACGCCUGGGGCGACGACGUGCCCGCCAAGCCGGUCGCCCUCAAAUCGUCGCCGAAGAAGCCGGGCCGCAAAACGCUGCCCAAAAAGGGCGGCACUUUAUCGCUGUCGAAGGGCAUGUUCUCCAAGGACCAGAAGGCCGCGCCGCCGCCCAAGGCCAAGACGGAAGAGCAGAUCAAGGCCGAGAAGCUCAAGGCGGCCGCGGCAGCCAUGAAGGCGGCGCCGGUCUCGAAGCUGCCGGCGGACGACUCCAUGUGGGACGACUUCUAA